AUGGGUCGCAAAAAGAUUGAGAUGAAGAUGGUGAAGGAUAGCAACGCCAGGCAAGUCACCUUCUCGAAGCGCCGAAAUGGGCUCUUCAAGAAGGCGAAUGAACUUGCUACCCUAUGCGCGGCGCAAGUUGCCAUCGUUGUUUUCUCGCCGGGGGGCAAGCCAUUCUCAUUUGGAAACCCUAGCGUAGAUGCUGUUACUCAACGCUUUCUAAAUCAGGACUACACCAUUGAGGUUGAUCCUGAGCAAGAGGCGAGAGUUGAGAAACUUAGCGAGGAACUCAAUGGUUUACUUAAGCAGCUUCACAUUGAGAAGAAGCGAGGAAAGAUGCUUGACAAGGCUCUCAAAGAAAGUGGAGCAUCAAGAAGCUUAUUAAACAUCAAUGAACUUGGCUAUGAUGAGCUCGUGAACCUGAAGGCGAAGUUGGAGGAGCUUCAGAGGAAUCUGAAAGGGCGCGUUAAUGAGAUUGAGGCGUCGUCUUCAUUGCUGCUCCUGAAAAAGGUUGCCGAUGAAGAAGAUGAUGAUUAA